UAUCUGUGAUAUUUGCUUUGACAACUUUUGAAGUAUGCGAUUUUAUUUAGUCGUAAUUAUUUUUUUUCUUUAUUUCAUAGCAAAAUUAUAAUCUAAUUCAAUAAUAGAACUUUUUGUUUAUAAAAAAUUGUUAUUAAGUGCUCCUGAAACUGUGAAUAGUUUAACUCAGGUCAAGAUCUCCUAAAGAUGCGACAGCCUCAUACACCUACAGAAGCGAGCGUAGGUACACAUGAGACGUGAGACGUGGCCAAGGUGAGCAACAGUAUCUGACCGCAUGCACCGGGCGGCACCAUGCUCGGCGCAGUGUUCGCCAGCGUGCUCGGCCUGCUCGGCCUGCUCGCGGUAGUCAACGGGAAUAUAAUCAUUUACACAAGGGAGACGCCGCACUCGAUAGCGGAUGAGUUCCACGACAUACCGGCCAGUUUUGGUGGCGAGAUCCCGUCGGACGGACUCCGAGGGUACCUGGUGGCCGGCAACCCGCCAGAUGGUUGCGGCAACCUCACCAAGCCGCCCGUUAUACCGGACCCAUUUGUCAGCAAUUGGAUAGUGCUUGUAGCCAGAUACAACUGUAGCUUCGAGGUGAAGGUGCGAAACGCGCAGGCAGCCGGCUACGACUGCGCGAUCGUGCAUAAUGUGAACUCCACAGAUCUUGAAACGAUGUCGGCAAAGAAUGCUGACGACAUACUGAUCCCGUCUGUGUUUGUCAACAACGUGACCGGCUACCUGUUGCGGGAGAACUACCUGUAUGAUAGCGGGUUCUACUUGAUGGUGAACGGUGAUAUGCCGUUCAAUAUUAACACCAACCUGCUGGUGCCGUUCGUGGUGGUGGUGGCGCUGUGCCUGGUCGUCAUACUCAUCAGCAUGGUGCUGAAGUGCACGCGCGACCGGCGGCGGGCGCGGCGACACCGGCUGCCGAGCCGCGCACUCAAGAAGAUCCCCACGUGCAAGUUCAGCAAGGUGGUGCCGUACGACACGUGCGCCAUCUGCCUCGACGACUACCAGGACGGCGAGCUGCUGCGCGUGCUGCCCUGCGCCCACGCGUACCACGCCAAGUGCGUGGACCCGUGGCUGACGCAGAACAGGCGCGUGUGUCCCGUGUGCAAGCGGCGCGUGCUGGCCGCCGGCGAGAGGCCGCGCGGCCGCCGCGGCCGGGCCGCCCCCCGCGCGGACACCUCCGACCGCUCCGACUCCGACUCCAGCGACACCGAGCCGCUCAUCGCCGACUCGCCGCCCGCCACGCAGGGUGGUACGUUCGAGCCGCAGCGCGAGAACCCGUUCGUGCGCGCGGCGCGGCUCAUGGGCCGGCUGCGGCGCGGCCGCCAGCCGCCGCCGGACCAAGCGGCGGACAACCCCGAGGAACACGGCGACGCAGCGGACGACACGGAGCGGCUGCUGCCGGCCACGCUGGCGGCGGAGGCCGAGCGCGAGCCGCGCCGCCGCGCGCCGCGCGAGCGCCGCCGCCGCGCACGCUCCGCUCACUCCGCGCCCGCCGCCGCCGCCGCCGCCGCCGCCGCCGCCGCCGCCGCCGCCGCGCCGCCGCCGCCGCGCCGCCGCUGCAGCCCGAACGACACUCCAUCAACUCGGAGGACCGCGGCGAGAUCGGUGUGGCGGCGCUACCGGCGCAGCACCACGUGGCCUUAUGAACGCACGGCCGUGCGCCGCCCGCGACCGCUCGCAGCAAGCUUCACGCCAUAGUCUAGACUACCGGCUCAGGCUUCAAUGACAACUUUACAUUGGACAAUUAAUAAGUAGAAACAUUUCUAUUAAUAAACCAAAGUGUAAUAAGUUUCCGCUGUUUAUAUUGUUUGGUUAAAAACUAGUUAUAGCUUUACUCUCGUUAUCAACCGACCGGCAACUGUCUCACUUCACCCAAUUGAAUAUUUGUUCAACACUUCAUCAGAGUUAAGAGACGCGAGCGUUUAUUGAAGACGCGGGGUCUUUUCUGAACUGUCAUUAUGUCAUGUUUGAUAAUUCCAUCUGUGUAGAAAUAUAUACCAUAGUAUAGUUUAAUUUAAAAAAAUAUAAACCAACAUGAGACAUUUGGGCGAGAAAAUUGGAGGUCUGCUAUCAAAUGAAAUUUCGGACUCAAUUUCGUACUUUCGUUCAUACCAAAAUAUUACCCAUAAAAUGGAGCUUAACAUAUCGUUUAAAAGUUUAAACAACGGAUAUUUUAACAUUUUUAAUAAUUUUAAACUGCGUUUGUUAUGUAAUUUUAAUAUUAAAUUAUUGUUUCGUUCAGCCCCGAAAUUUCAAAUUUUUGUAGUAGACUUUCAGUAUUGCCAUUUGGAAAACUAAAUUAAAUAAAAUCGCAAGUACAUAAUAAAAGUAUUUAGGAUAUGUAAUAAUUUGUUCUAAAUCAUUUUGGACUGCAAAUUUGAAUAUAUUUGUAAAUUUUAUCGUAUGAUUUGAUAUAAUAAAAAGUUAUGUCGCAUAAUUAAAACAGUAUUUCUAUUAUUAAAAAAAUAAAUUUCACCAAAGAGAACAUACUGUUUGACUUAUAUGAAAACUGUUGUCUAUGGCAUUUUAUUGAAGGACCCCUAUUUCUGUCGACUAUUAUUAGUUUAAAAUGUUUAAAUGAUAAUCUUGUACGUACUAUUAGACAUUAGAUUUAUGUGGGUACUAGCUUUUGCCCGCGACUUCGUCCGCAUGACCAGGAUAAAAACCUAUGUCCUUCUCCAUGCCAUAUGGUACGUCUUUACCAAAUUUUAUAACAAUCAAAUAAACUCACUAUAAAAUAUGAAAUUUUAUAAUAUUAACAAGAAUGAAAUUGAAAAUAGAUUCGGAAAGAGAAUUGGAAUGAAUUAAAAUUAUAUUGUGUCGCUAUACGGAGCUUCCGAUUUGUAAAUUGUAUAUGACAAUUAAAAAAAGGCUAAUAUUAAAAAUUUACGUAAGAUUUUGCAUUUUCAUCAGAUUAUGCAGUUAUGUUUGAAAUUUAAUGAAGUGAGGAAUUAUUUUGCUCAUAAUUAUUUUAAUCCUGUCUCGAAAUAAUUUAUAUUAUAGAAAAUUGUAACCAAAGUAGAUGCAAGUAAUAAUCAAAGUAAUUAUCUAUUUUGUUGUAAAAGCCUAUGUUUUAAAUUAAAAAUACAUAUGUCAUUAAUUAUUUUUUACGUUGUAAUUUUAAUGGGGCGUAAACAAGUAGCAAAUGACGGGUAGGGGGUUACUCCAAUCGCUCGCAAGCAACUGUAAGCACAAUCACUCGCGUCUCGUCGAUCGUCUUUUGCCUUUUCCCCACAGCUGUACAUUUGCGGUGUUUACUGUGCAUCAAUAUGAAAUGCCUUAAAAAUCUUUUGCUACUUGUCACAAGCAAAUAAUACGUUCGUAUUUUAAUAAUGCGACAUCUUAAAAGCAGUUUUAUCAGUACCUUAUUUAUAUUUAAGUUCAUGAUAUAACUUUAUAAUACUUGCUCUCACUGUUGAUCAAUUUUAUUGUAAUUUUUUUUACUCCAACCACUCAGUUCUUUCAAAGGAUUAAUCGUCAAAUAGAACGGAAUUAACUUACCCGUUCUAGUAUAUAUCUCUUGAUAUCGUUCAAUGAUGCAGUAUAGAUAAAAAAAAACUUUGUACUAGAAAUGGGUAAUAUAUUAUCUAUAUAUUUUAGUUAAAAUAUUUAUAUACUGAUCUAAUGACGAAUAUGUCAAAAAUCUGUUAUCCAAAAAAUAAUAAUGGAUAACAGACUUUUAACAUAUUCGAAAAUAGAUAUCCGACCGACGUGGGCGAUGACCUUUUUUCCGCCGUCAGUGUCCAGAGUAAACCUUUGUACAGAUCCUACGAAGGAACUGAGAGUGUGGCAUUUUUUAUCUGUAUAAUAAAGCAUAAUAUAUUGAUUAUAAAUAUUCACAUAAAUAUUUAUUCAUUGGGUAAUUUUAGUUGCGGUUGAUAAAGUAAGCGGUUGUGAGACGCGACCGCAGUGUUUCAGUAGUGGGCUUACUGCGUAUUAAUACUGUAUAUACGAAUAGAUGUAACUGGUAUUUUAAAGGUGACUAUUAUAGGGAGGAUAGAUGUGAAAAUACUAAUUGACAGACUAGUUUAAUGUGUUGAUAAUCUCGUUGUAUAGGCACAGAGGAGCUACGUACAGAACGCACGGUUUUUAAUCAAAUAACCGAUAGCCAAAUAAAUGUAAUAGAAUUGUGACGUCCUCAGUAUUUGUCUUAUUUAUAGGUGACGGUUUACAGAUUAAUUAUUGAUUAAAAUGUGCAUUCUGUACGUUAUUGCUCUGAGAUAUAUAUAGGUUAGAAUAAAAAAGUUUCAUACAAUGUUCUCUCCAAAUAUACUAUAAAUUUUUGGACCUCAGGAGCUGAGCAGACGAUGUACAAUGCCAGCAUUCGCAUUAUUUGUAUAUCCCGCGACGAUGCCUUUGAAAUCAUAUGCAUUAGCCAACAUUGGAGAAAAGACUUGAGCACAACUUGGGAUUACAUUCAUUCAUUUCAAACUAAACUUUCCAAGUUACCUGCUGUGUCCAGAUAUUCUGUUUAUUCAUUGUCUGAAGGUCGAUUAGUUCGUUCUAAAAACCGUAGUGUUACUCAGAUGACAAAAACCAGUAAAUUAUUUUUCGGUACUGGCAACAUGUAGUGUUUUUUAAAAAUACAAAAAUUCAAUCUGUAUUUUUUAAACUUCAGUCAAUAAUAUAUAUGUUUAAAUAUGUAACUGACGUGUAUAAUUUUUUAGUAAGAUUUGAUGUAUGUUUAGUUUGCGGGGAGCAAUUUUAAAUUUUCUGUAAUGACGGUCGUGGUGAGAGGAAUGUUAGUGUAAAAUCAAGUAAAUUUUUCAGUCUAAAUAUAAUGAAACCUACGUCAAAAUCGGUCCAUCAUCAAAAAUUUUACAACACAACACAUGUAAAUGAAGCAAGACAUUGCGUAAGAGUAUGUACCCCUUAGUAUUUUUAAUACAACUAACAUAAAUAUUAAGUAUGUAAACCACAAAAACAUGAGUUAACUUUGAUUAUAUCAUUUUGUAUAUUAUUUAUAGACUUAGAAACAUGUAUAUAUAAAACAGAUUAAUAGAUUUACCUACAUGUUUUUCAUUUUCGGGAACGCAUUGAUAAAGAGUUAUUGUGAAUAGAGAAUUGACAUAUUUUGUUGAUCCUUUAAACCGGAUUAACUGGGUGUUACUUAAGAGUAAAUACGCACUGAAAAAUUGUAUCGAGCGAAUUUUCGCAUAUUCUCUGCGUAAGAUUUGGAACUUGUAUGAAGUUUUACGUAUUGUAUUUUCUACACACGUGAAAAUAAUCUAUACUUGACACUUAUCCAUACAUAACUAUGUGAAAAAAAGUCCCAGUGCGUAUUAACCCUGAUAAAAAUAGAGGAAGUUUUUUUCUGUUGCUUAGAUAAACUCACUCGUAUAGAAUGCGUUCUCCUUUUGAUGCCAUAUUUAUACUAAAAGCAUAAUAAAUGUUAAUUUAAUAAUAUUGGAACGAAUUCAUAGUGUUAUCAGUUAACCGAGCCGGUUUUUGAUCUAAGGUCUUGGUGUUGUUUUUUAAUCUGUCCUGUAGGCAGGCAAAGAUAGACAAUACAGCUUAUUAAGCUGUGACUAUAGUAAGAAAAUAUUGCUCUCUCGCUCGCCUAUAAAGCACUUAUUACACGAUCAUAGAUUAAGCUCAAUUUUGUUUUGAAUAUAACCAGAGGAAUUAGAAAUUUUAUUGUAUCAUUGUAGAAUUGGUGACAAUGGGUAAUCUUAACUACAAUAUGCACAAGUCUUAGCUCAGGAACGGACUCGAUUGUAUUGGACCUCUUAGUUUUAUUACUAAUCAUUGUGACUACAUCCGAGUCGAAACUUUUCUGAUUGUAUAUAUCUGAUAGUUCUCUUAUAUCACUUAAGUUUUUGGCUUCGGGAAAAAAUGUGUCAAGCGACACUUAGUUAUAAAAAUCAAAACAAUAAAAAAUAUGACACUA